UGCUGCUCUGCUAUCGUUGGUUGCUAUCACCAAGUGUUUUAGUUCCGUAUACAUACAUUCCUCCCCAGAAAUUCUCAGGAAAUUUAUACAUAAUCCUGCCAUCACAAGUAUAUUAGAUUUUUAUUUAUAAUGGGCGAUAGCAAAAUUUGUGACAUUAGCGAUGAUGUGCGUGACGCAUUAAAAAAGUUUCGCUUCCGUAAAAGUACUGCCAACUCUGCACUAAUAUUAAAAGUCGAUCGCGAAAAGCAACUUGUUGUUUUGGACGAACUCUUGGAAGAUAUCUCCGUGGAUGAGUUGCAAGAAACACUGCCAGGACAUCAGCCUCGUUACGUCAUUUACACAUACAAAAUGAUUCACGAUGACCAAAGAAUUUCAUAUCCGAUGUGUUUUAUAUUCUACACUCCGCGCGACAGCCAGAUUGAACUGCAAAUGAUGUAUGCUUGUACCAAAAGUGCCCUCCAACGCGAGGUAGAUUUGACGCGUGUCUAUGAAAUACGUGAAUUAGAUGAACUUACUGAGGAAUGGCUCAGGGAAAAACUCAAGUAAACACAUUCAAAACAUUUGACAAGAUUUCCAAUUGAUAAGCAAUAUUGUGUAUAUGUUCGUUGGGUUGAUAGCGUGCAUGGAACUACCAAAUUACCAACGAUUUUACACCAAAUAUGUGUAAAAAAUUAAUGCAGAAUAUAAUUCAAGUAUAUAUUAUAAAUAGCAGGGAAACCACCCAAAAAUAUAAUCAUAAGAUUCUUUUAUUUUGAAAUCCUACCGUGAAAAGACCAAAUUGUCAAAUACUUAAAAAUAUUCCAUGACAAAGGUGAAGUAUUUCAUUCCCACAUUUUUUUUUUAUAUACAUUAAAGUAGUUUUAUAGCUCAAGAGUUGCGUUUGCGUAGAGUUUGUAGUAGAUUAAUAAUAAAAGAGAAAACAAUAUUACAUUUUAUAUAACAAAAGAAGCUGUGCUUGCCAAAUUUAAUUUUAUUUACUUUGUAAUGCUUCGUAUUUUUUAAUUAGAUUUUUAAAUAUAUUGUACGAGGAUAUUGUACGUGGAUUUUUAAAGGAAAUCUUCCAACUUUGUAUACACUUUAUCAAUAUAUACGUAAAAAUAAAUAUACAUACAU